UUUUAUCAAGAGGCUGUUUCCUCACUCGCCACAUUACGAAAUCUUAGACGGCUAAGUUGUUCUACUCUCCCUUUUGCUGAGAGGGCAAGUAAACAGCCAUCCAUCGUCUCUGUCAACUCAGAUCACCCGUAUUUGGCAAAAGGCCCAUUUUGGCAUUUCAUGGAAGGUUUUUUAAUUCAAUGGGUCUUAGAAAGGCAGUUCAGGAACACAAGUUCCUGUACCUUGCCUUUUCACUCCAGGGGUCUGUGGAAAAAUACAAACAUUGAGGCACCAGACUAGCAAGGAUCAUCCCAUUGAGUUCUGGUGGCAGCUGCUGGAACCAACGCAGCUUGGACCUGGACUUCAUCUAAAGACUCUUGUGAUAUUGCAUUCAGAUUUGUACACUGAGAUGUCCUCUAAGACCCAUCAUCAUGGAAUCAACAUUAACAAUAUUAACAGUGAGAGAGGAAUGUGUUUACCAACUCAGGCCCAGAAACAGUUGGGUGAAGGUCUUCCAGCUCCAAAAGCAAUAGUAGAUACCCCUCGUUCCUCUUCACGUCUUGUUGACCAUGCAGAAGAAAAUAUUUGCAACUGGAUGGACUCUGGUUUCUUCUUAUCUGCAAGCCCCGAUUUACAAGGAAGCAGAGACAAAGCAGCUCUUUCACCUCCCCUGGGAAUGGUACAAAUGACAGUGCAGAACUACAUGCAAUCCCUGCAUCGUUUUUCAGAAAUGCCUGUUCUGUCAAGAUGGAAUGGGGUCAACACUUCCCAGUCUCACCCCAGUGCACCAAAAAGCGUCACUGAAUGGCUGGAUUUCUCAAAGAAGGACCCAGUUGAGAUUUUGCUAGAUUUGGGGUUCGGCAUGGAUGAACCUGAUAUCUGCACUAAAAUCCCAUCUCGAUUCAUCAGUUCUGCAUCCAUGGCUAAAGGCAUCAAUAUCCGGGUCUUCAUAGAGGCUCAAAAGCACCGCAUGGAUCUAGAAUCCCCCAAUCUAUGUGGGCGUUUUCUGCAACUUGAAGUUCUGGAUCAUGUGACCAGUGCCUUUUCUUCUUUGCUGAAUGAUAUCAAUCUCAUGCAGAAGAAUACAGAGGACAGAAAUGGAGAGGGGAGGGGCGUGGCAGGCACCCCAAAGGGCAAAGUGGUCGUCUCCCAAGCAAAAAGGAGAAGAAUAGGUCAGCUCCUGAGAAAAGUGUCUCGUCAGACGACAACAUGUGGUCCUCCAGCUUACCGAACUGCUGACUCAUCCGGCAAGACCAGUGAAGAUGGCUGUCCUUUUGUUGAUGUGGACAAAUGCAUCUCAGCCAGAUCUGCCUUAUGUGAACACACCACCCUGGACUCUCUAAAAGAGGAGAUGUUUCCCAGUGAUGAGGAGGAGAAGACUAUGACUUUAUCUCAUCCUCCAAGCAAAAUUAGGCUAUUGCCUCAUCUGCCUAGUAAACAAACACAUUUUCUUUCAACCUCCGAGAUGCCUAUUAAAGACAGACCACGCAAGGAGCCCAGUUUGCUUGUGAACUACAUGCUCAAGAGGGUUUCUGGCUUAAAUGGCAAGCCUUCAGAUUCCUUUGAAAUGGAAGAGAUCCAGAGCUUUGAGGAUGAAUCUUCAUGGGGAAAUCCUCUUGAAAGCACUUCAGAUACAAUAGUAACAAGAACAAAUAGUUGCCAGUCUGAUAGCAGUGGAUUUCUGGAAGAUCCAUCAGAUCCCUUACCUCUGCAAGUCUUAUCUCUGCCUGGGAACAAGAGACUGAGCUGUAAUGCCCAUGAUAAUCCAGCAUUUCUGAGACACAGGAAGGAGUCACCUCAGACCAGCCAGGAUUCUCAUUCCCAAGCAGAAAUAUCUGUUGCUGUCACCUCCACGAUCAAUGAUGGCAACAAUUUACUACUGCCCACUCUGAGCAGAGAACAGACUUUCCAAGGAGAGGAAGUUUUCUGUUCCAUAAAUGAAGAAGAUGACCUAACGGAGACCUCCAGUGGUCAAUAUGAAGAUGCUACCAGUGAAACGGAAGAUGAAUCGCAUGAGAGAGAGAUGCAAGGUCAAAGAGGACAGUUAAGGAAAGAAGAAGACAGAUGCGCAGAAGGCCACAUGUCUUGCCAUCAGAUUAACAACAUGGGUCAGGAUAAUGCUAGCUCUCUAGAAGGAGAUUGGCCUUCAUACACCAGUAAAAUGCAUGGAAGGCCAGGGUCUGCUGCCAAUGAGGUAGGGUGUACAACCCCCAUGACAAUCAGCAAUGACCAGCUAUGUACAGACUUAAAAGAUAGCGAGGGACUGUUGACGGAAGAAGAAACUGGGAAAGUAUGUAGAGAAAAUGAACAAGAAGGUACUGGAGAAAGUGUAGAAGGAAAGCGGCGGGAUAGCAAGCUGGGAUUCCCUUGUCCAGCCACAGACGUGAGUGUCACAAAUGAUUAUCAGGAAUCUGUCAAACUGGCCACUGGUUUUGGUAAUACAUGCGGACAUUUGGAUAUAGCUCCGGUCCCAGGAACUGAGCAGGGGAACCUGCCUGCCCACCAUAAGAUCCACACUAUUUCCAUGAGCCCUCUUCAAGAUUCAACCCUUUCCACGUCCUGUCUGGAAAACGGAGGAAUUAACUCCUUGAAUGGAUUGUCAGCAAGCACCAAACUGGACAAAGAUAAGAGUGUGCCUGCCUUAAACACAAACCGUAGUCCUUUCAGAUCUGUAACUGUUCAGAUGCCUUCACUGCUCUUUUCAAGUACGCAAAGCAUCCACUUGGAUGAUGCAGCUGCGAAAGGCCCAUCGUUGGAUUUCACGUCCAAGGCAUCCCAGCAUUCUGAGGAUGAACCUCUGAUUUUCUCGGUAUCGGGUGCUUUUAAAGAAGAAGAUAAGGAAGUGAAGGACGUGUGCAUUCAAACGGAGAGGAGUCGCACCAAGCGAAAAGCGUUCCCCCCGUUUCCAUUUCCCCCUUCGUUCCAUGGGCAUAGCCAUCUUGUGAAAUCUGCCUCUCUAGACACAGGGCUGCAUGGGGAAUACCGAUCUGGCUGCUGUGAACCUUUUCAUGCCUGGUGCGCCCAACACGGCAGUCAUUGCUAUCCUCUGAGCCCCCAUCACUGCUGUUUGCUGCAGUCUCUCCCUCUCGCUCCUCUGUGCAAACAUCAUGCAACAUGCUACUCGUCGCAUGCCACCCUAGAACUCCAGCUUUUGAAAACGCUGAGGCUAUUGCAGGAUACAGCAAUGAGAAAUGUUUCUUCUUGCACAGUUCACGAAAUCGAAGAUAUGAAAAAUUCGUGCCAAAAGUUUCGUGAACGGUUGGAUGAGAUUGAGCUGCACCUGACAGAGCAAGAGAUCCACCUUUCCAGUACCUUAUCAGAUAAAGGACGUGAGGAGAGAAGACACCUCCAGUCCUUGCGUCAAGCUGUUCGGCGAGAGGUUGCUGAACUAGAAUGCCAGUUGAAAGACCGUGCACGCCAGGUUAGGGAGGGGAUUCUGAUGCAGCUGGAUCAGUUGUUAGAUGAGCAGUCUAACCUGUGCUCGGAACUUGGACUAUCUGGGGCUCGGAGUGAGCACUCUCUUCCAGAGGUUGAUGCCGCCGCCACCUCUCCUUUCUUACACAGAGCUGGAUGUUCCAAAGAUGUCCGCCACAGGCCUCCAAGAAGGAGUUCCACAGUCCCACCCAGCCCCUCAGUUUCCUUAUUAAGAAAACCAGAGGCCUCACCUUUACCUCAAGGCAAGACUGAUUCUACCACAGACUCCAAGGAACGGCAUGGCAGUAAAAAGGAAACAAAAGGUCUUCCUCAGGCAAAAUUGGACUUCAAGGCCUUUAUACAAAAUCUGAAGAAAUCCUUCCGAAAUUCUUUCAACAACGAUGCAACAGAAGGAAAAGACUGAGGGACAGCAUUGUUUCUACUGUGAUACUGUCAUCCACAACAUUCUUAAAACCAGAUCAUUAAAGCAAUUUUAACAUUAAUACGAAAUAUGUAUUUAUAUAUGAAUGAGAACAUUUCGUGUUAAUGUUAAGAUUGCUUUAAUAAAAGUACAUUUAGAAAAGAAAAAAAACUUAAUAUCUGGGAAUUCUGGGAAAAGCCGUAAGGAAAGAUUUGGUCUACAGAAAUGCCGACUCAGUGGGAUUUUGUGUGCUGAAUAAUUUGUGGUCCUCCCUGAACUUUGUAUUUAAUGGUGACAAGAAUAUGGUGGUCAUGAAAAAUUAGCCAUUGUGUGGCUUUUCCCAUUCAGUGUCUGGACACUUGAUUUCCUGUUAUUAGGCACCAUCUGCCAGAAGGAAGUUGAACAGCAGAGAUGAGAAGUGUUCUUUCAGCAGUGUCCCCUGAAAUCUGGUUCCUGACCCUUCAGAGUAGCUUACAUGGUUGUAGGUGACUGCUCUCCUCCAAUCCUGACUCAAGUCUACUACUGAAUAGCUGCUGGUUCUGCUGACCUCUGACGGUUGUUAAACAACUCUUCAAAAUGUAGCAGUACAAAAUCAGAAUUUAGCCUUUCACAGUUAACUGUUACCAGCCUCUGUGAUCAUGAGGAAGUCAGUGAAGCAGAUUGUAACAAAGCUGUCCUCGUAUUCUGAAUAGGUAGCCAGCCAAAAUAAUACCUCAGCUUUCUCUCUCUCUCUCACCUAGCAGCCUGGUGCCUCUAUAUCUGCAUGACAAUAAGACUUUGUGUGAGAACCGCUUUUCUGUCAGAUGUCUGUUGUUGAAUUGAGGCAAUCUGGCAGUUAACUUUCAGAGAUAAAGACAUAGUUGCGAGGCAGCUAAUAUUGGCCUAAUAUAUCAACAUGUUUUGUGGAGAACUUCAUUCAUAACAAGCAGUGGGUUAUCACUGGAAAUUAAACAAGGAAUUAACAGCACUGAGUUAUGGUUGUUCCUAUCGUUUAAUGAACAAAGGAGGCCAAGCCACACAAGUGCCUUCUUUUUUUAUCAGAGAGAGCUAGAAGAAUGACUAUAUUCCUAUUUAAACUGCACAAAAUUAGAAGACUGUAUUAUAACUGUAUAUGGAUGAAAUGACCUAACAGCAGAGCUGAAUCAUUGUAGCAAUAAAAACCUAUGACCAAUGGAAAGAAGGACUUCAUCUCCCUUGUUUCAUUUGUUGAAAUAUGCGUAUGAACCUACACCAGUUCAGGCCUUUGGUCCA